CUUUCAUAUCUCUUUGAGGGGGGACCCAUCAGUCUUCCACAUUUGACUGAAACUCAAGUUUCCUGCUUAUCUGUCAACUCACCCAAAUAGACUUGAGCUUCAAAACUGAUGUUAAGGUACCUUUUGUAUCUUCAGCUAAAAAGGGACAUUUUCCAUGGCCGUUUGCUGUGUUCUUUUUCUGAUGCUGCCUAUCUGGGUGCCUGUAUUGUCCAAGCUGAGCUUGGCGAUUAUGAUCCUGAUGAACACCCAGAAAAUUACAUCAGUGAUUUUAAGAUUUUCCCCAAGCAAUCACAAAAGCUGGAAAGAAAAAUAGCUGAAAUGCAUAAAAAUGAAUUCAGAGGUCAGAGUCCACCUGUUGCUGAAUUCAAUUUACUACUGAAAGCACAUUCUUUGGAAACAUACGGUGUUGAUCCCCAUCCUUGCAAGGAUUCAACGGGGACAACUACAUUUUUAGGAUUCACAGCCACAGGCUUUGUAGUUUUCCAGGGAAAUAAAAGAAUUCAUUUGUUAAAAUGGGGUGAUGUCUAUAAAUUGAAAUUUGAAGGGAAGACAUUUUAUGUGUUUGGAGCUCAGAGAGAGAAAAAGACGAUGUUGUCAUUCCAUACUUCUACACCAGCAGCCUGCAAGCACCUUUGGAAGUGUGGAGUGGAGAACCAGGCUUUUUAUAAGUGUGCAAAAUCCAGUCAGAUCAAGACGGUGUCCAGCAGCAAAAUAUUUUUUAAAGGCAGUAGAUUUCGAUAUUGUGGCAAAGUUGCCAAAGAAGUGGUUGAAGCAAGUUCUAAGAUCCAAAGGGAACCUCCUGAAGUUCACAGAACCAGCAUUCCCCAGAGUCGUAGCUCUCACUCCUUGAACAAACAGCUUAUAAUUAAUAUGGAACCUCUGCAGCCCCUUCUCCCUUCUCCAAGUGAAGAGGAAGAGAUUCCAUUUGAUGAAGGUAUCCAGCUGCCAAAGGAAGAUGAGAUCUCAGUUCCUGUGAUAGCGAGCUCCCCUGUUAAGGAUGCUAGGGAGAGUGUAGAUUUCACAAUUGAGGAGGAAGAGAAAAUCAAAGAGGAACCCUUAACCAUCUCAGAACUGGUAUACAACCCAAGUGCCAGCUUGCUGCCCACCCCAGUUGAUGAAAAUGAGAUUGACAUGCUCUUUGAUACCCCUUUGAGGGCAGAGAAUGACAAAGACGACACUGAUUCAUUUGAGGAACUGGAAGUGGAUGAAAAUGCAUUUUUGGUUGCAGAAGAAGAGGAGCUGAAAGAAGCCCGGAGAGCACUUAGGUGUAGCUAUGACUAUCUGAUGGGCAACAUACAGGUCAAUGCCUUUGUGAAGAGUUUCUCCAGACUUCUUCUUGUAGGUCUUGGACUGUUGCUGUUUGUGUUCCCCCUUCUCCUUGUUCUCUUGGAGUCAGAUCUCAAUAUCUCCUUUCUCCAUGAAAUUCGUCAGACACCAGAGUUCCAGCAGUUUCACGUUGAAUAUUACUGCCCUCUCAGGCAAUGGGUGGCUUGCAAAAUAAACUUCAUUUUUGACAUGCUGGGCAGCUCUUAAAUUAAAAAAAAAAAUGCGAGACAACUAAGGGCUAUAUUCAAAAUAUCAGUUAGUGCAAGCUUCUCACAAUGCUUGUGGGGCCAUCAGCAGGUAGUUGACUUCAUUUUCAGUCCAUAAGACUGCUCAAGUUCUUAAGUUUACUUUACAUAAAUAACUGCUUUCAUUACAGGCUUAUAAGGUGGCCUUUAAAUAACCAAAAAGAGGUUUUAUUUUUAUUGCAUUUCAGAUUUCCUGUUCAUCUAUUGUAUCAUGCUAUGCACGACUGGGUUCAUCAUUUGUAACCUUACAAGCCAUGACAUUUGGAGUCUGAAAUUUAGUGAGAGAGGUGUUUUUGAAUAUAUUCCUUAGUGUAAGAAUCUCUUCUAACCAAUGCCUAUACAAGCAAUGUUUAUGCUGGGUUUUGUUUCUUGGUUUGUUUUUCUGUUUUUGUUUUUUUUUAACAAUUUGAUGUGUUUAAAAUAUUUUGGUAAAUUUUUAGCAAUUGACAACUCCUGAAGUUAUUUAAAUGUACAGAUUGGUAAGAAUAAUGCACAAGGGGAUGUAUGGGGAUUUUUUAAUGUUUUAACAAUGAUUUGUUUUUAAAAUAUUUUGGCUGGACAGUAUCUGUUAUAGCUUGAUACAAGUUGGCCUGUGGUCUGGGCAAAGUACAGUAAGUUUGCUCAAGUUUAGUGGGGGCUGCUGAGGGGAGAUGAAAUGACACAGAAUCAUCAAAUAUGCUUCUAAAUGGCACAGUGCUAAAGACUGGGAAGGUGAAUAUCAUUGACAAAAUGAUCAUCCAUCUUCAUCUGCGUCCUGUCAUCUAAUUCUUCAAUCAGUGCUGCAGAAAAACCUUUAAGACAGUCCAAGCAAGUUUUGUAAGAGGGUGUGAUGGAUCUUUGAAAUAAAUGUAGAUAAUUGUACAUAAC